AUGUGCCGUGAUUUGGCGAAUGAAGUGGAACGGCUGGUGAAGAGCAGCAAUACUUACAUUAAGAAGAAGGCUGCUUUAUGCGCUUUUCGAGUAGUAAGGAAAGUUCCGGAGCUGAUGGAGGUCUUUAUCUCUUGUACUCGUUCACUUCUCGGUGAAAAGAACCAUGGUGUUCUCAUGGGUGCUACAACGCUUGUGACUGAAAUGUGUGAGCGAAGUCCGGAUGUGUUGAAUCACUUCAAAAAGUUGGUGCCAAAUCUAGUUCGUAUUCUCAAGAAUCUCCUCAUGAGUGGCUAUUCACCGGAACAUGAUGUAACUGGAAUUAGUGAUCCAUUCUUACAGGUGAAGAUAUUGCGUUUACUAAGAGUUCUGGGUAAGGAUGACUCAAGAGCCACCGAAGAAAUGAACGAUAUACUUGCGCAAGUGGGUGACGUCUCAAUAAUUUCAGUAGCAACAAACACAGAAACUGCUAAAAACGUUGGGAAUGCCAUUCUUUACGAAACAGUUUUGACGAUAAUGGAAAUCAAGAGUGAAAGCGGUUUGAGAGUAUUGGCUGUCAAUAUUCUUGGACGGUUCUUGCUGAAUCCAGAUAAGAACAUAAGAUAUGUGGCACUGAACACGUUGUUGAAAACUGUUGCAAUCGACUACCAAGCAGUGCAGCGUCAUCGAACAACGGUCGUAGAUUGUUUGAAAGAUCCGGAUGUUUCAAUAAGGAAGAGAGCGAUGGAAUUGUGCUUUGCGUUAAUGAACAAAACGAAUAUUGCAAAUAUGACCAAAGAAAUAUUGAUUUUCUUAGAAACUGCUGACCCGGAGUUCAAGUCCGAGUGCGCAUCGAAAAUGUAUGUUGCCACGGAGAGAUUCUCGCCGAAUCACGAAUGGCAUUUAGACACCAUGAUUACUGUUCUUCGCUUGGCUGGUAACUACGUGCCAGACGAGGUUGUCUCAUGUAUGAUACAACUUAUUUCUUCGCAUGGAGAGCUACAACACUAUGCUGCCGUACAACUGUUCCGAGCUGCCCAACUUGACUCAACAAAUGCUCAACCGCUCUUGCAGGUCGAGGAAAAUGAUGUUGUUGAAGUUUUUGAACAUGUACUUCCAUCCACUUUAACUUCCUUGUCCACGAAGUGCUAUGCCGUGACUGCAUUGGCGAAACUAGCGACGAGAUCGGAUUAUAGCAUUGGUCAAAGUAAAUCAGGCACACCUUCACUUAGAACUUCAACAGCGAUCUGUGGAGUUUUCACGUCUUCUGGAUUGUGGGGACUUGAAGUGAGUUUAUCUCUACAUGAGUUUAGUGGAUAUGGUCUGCUGGAGCGGAUGCCUGUCAUAACUCACAACUCUCUCAAUGCUGCCGCAGCGCCGAUAGAAGACGGGCCUAGUCUCAUCGAAGACGCACAGCCACCUGCAAACGCCACCGUACCGACCUCGAAUGUCGACUUGCUCGACCAGUUGGCUGGACUUGGAGAAGCACCUGCUGCCCCCGUCAAAACGAGUACCAACAACGACUUGUUUGAUCUCAUGGGUGGAUCGACUGCUCCGACAAUACCUGCCACAAACUCUGUUGUUGACAAUAAUCUUCUGGGAGGCCUUUCGUCGGUUUCGGUUUCAAAUCCCAUUUCUCCUGCUGCUGCUCCUGCUGCUGAUCCCUUCGACUUGCUUGGUGGAUUCGGCGCUCCAGCUGCUGCGCCUGCGACUGUGGCCCCAGCUGCUGAACGCGUUGUUGCUUUGAACAGUAGCGGCAUAGAAGCACACAUCAUGAUCUUGGGCGGAGGAUGGUCUGGCGAUAGUGUUCAAAUGCAAGUUGAAAUCACCAAUAAUACGCCGGUACAAGUACAAGACUUCGCAUUCCAAGCCGCGGUUACUAAGGCUUUCACCAUUGAGCUGCAGACGCCUUCUUCCACAACUCUUGAACCUAUGGGCGGAUCCACAAUCACCCAAAUAGUGAAAAUCACAAGGACAUCUCGCGGGCAUCCAGUAAGUGGAAUCUUAUACUUUUACUCUUGUUUAUUGCUGGUGCAUUUUUCCAGCCUUUUCUUUUUUGCAUGUGGAGAAGCUAUCUCAUAUUUUUACCAACCUACUCGCAAAUACCUACUCGCAAAUUUUUUUCUUUCUGGUAUGCUUCUAUUGUUAAUACAGUUUCCACAGUACGGCUUAAUAGACCAACAUUGUCCUUCGAAACUUAAACUCACCGUUCACCCAAAAUGGGAUUUAUAAGA